AUGCGUGACAGUCAUUGGAACCCGCGGUUCGUGCAGUUGAGUUUGGACCUGGCCGGCAGGUUGUUGAGUGUUCGAGCCUCCUGCACAAGUCACUCGGUGGAUUGCUGGCCAGAAGCUCAAAUGACCCUUCUUACAUCCCCUGGUCAAACUGCCACCACUACCUCUCUUCCUUUCUCCUCCCCUUCUGGACAGCAUCUGGCCACCUUUCAUCUGCUCAAACAAAUCCUUGCUAAUUCGGUGCCAUUAGAGGCUGUCUUUCAUUCCACUCCCUUCUCUGCGACUACCAACGCACCAAUCCUUAAUAAUUGGCCUCAGAUUCAACAAUACUUUUCAAAACUGCGUUCACUCAUCUUCACAUCCCGAAGGACUUCUCCACCACCACCACUGCCACCACCACCUCCACUGCCCCCUCCUCCCUCUCUACCUCAGUCACCAUUGCCAUCUUCAGCUCUAUUUAAUCCCCUUUCCAUGCAGCCGAGCACUGCGUUACCACUGCUUCUUCUGACUCAACCCACUCAGUGCUUCCUUCCUACUUCUUCGAUGCCCAUAUUAACAGCGCCGACACCACCUCUGCUGCCGUUAACAGGCAAUUUACUUAUCGACAUUUUGGCUCUGACUUCACCCCUGACGCAGGUGCCUCUCCAAAUACAGCCUUUGCCUACGCCACUAACCUUUCCUCAGGCGACACUGCAUCAGCUUGUGUCUCCGUUGCCACCGCAGUUGCCCCUAGUAACAAACGAGCGACAAGCGCAGAAAAAUUGCUUUAAUCACCUCCAGGUGGUGUGCUUCAAAGAUGAGGCGAAGACACGCUUCAUGUGUUUGAAGUGCAGUAAGCAGUGGACUUCGAUGAAGGGCGCCAUCACCUUUGUGGUGAUAAUGUCCCACCAGACAACACCAACGGUGGAGGUGGCGUUGGCUCCACCAACGGCUACAGAGGAAGGAGCAACAUGGUCAUCGCAGUGUUGCGUCACCCUUCGACCCGGCGCCAACGUUCUUCUUGAGCUCUUCCCCCAGGCCUGCGCUGAUUGUGCCCUCCAUGGUGAGGUUCGUCUCUCCCCUCCCAAGUGGUAUCCUGAAGAAGUCGACAAGUUUGAAAGAAGAGCUCUUGCCAUGCCAAGUCCUGGAACACAUUUGCUCACCAAUGACUACGUUGAUUACUCACCGAAAGUUAGUCAAGUGAGCUCCAAGCACCAAGUCCCAUUAAAAUUCCUCUUAACUUAA